GCAAUCCCCCGUGUAAGAGUGAGGUGGAGGAGGACAUUCCAGUCCAUGUGACCACAGAAAAUUCCAGUAAGAAUUCUGAUGGAAGGUUCAUGUUAUCACCAGAUUAUAAAGUAAAAGAUAAAGAUAUCGUGCAGUGCUCUUCAGGAGAAAACCUCAUUACCCAUAAUGUCCAUCCAGGACUUCACAGUACAGAUCUAUCAUAUAAUGCUCCUAAUCAUAAGGAACCUUCUUCUGACCAAUCACAGAUUGUUACCACAUUUACUGGGCAGAAAGAUGGUCACUAUGGUAAAUUUGGAAAACCGUUUAUAUAUAGCUCAACAAUUUUUGGGCACAGAAGAGUUGACACAGAAGAGAAGUCGUAUUCCUGUUCAGAAUGUGGGAAAUAUUUCAUAUAUAAUUCACAUCUUGUUAAACACGAGAGAAUUCACAGAGAGAAGCCAUAUUCAUGUUCAGAAUGUGGGAAAUGUUUUACAAAUAAAUCAAACUGCUUCCUACAUGAAAGAAUUCACAGAGGGGAGAAACCAUUUUCAUGUUUUGAUUGUGGAAAAUGUUUUACCAGUAAAUCAAGUCUUAUUAUACAUGAGAGGAUUCACACAGGAGAGAAGCCAUUUUCAUGUAUUGAUUGUGGAAAAUGUUUGAUUACUAAAUCAAAACUUAGGGAACAUCAGAGGAGUCACACAGGAGAGAAACCAUAUUUGUGUUCACAGUGUGGCAAAUCUUUUUCAAGUAAAUCGUAUAUUGUGAGACAUGAGCGAAUUCACACAAGAGAGAAGCCAUUUUCAUGUUCUGAAUGUGGGAAGUCUUUUAUUAAGAAGUCAAUUCUUGUUAUACAUAAGAGAAGUCACAAAGGGGAGAAGCCAUUUUCAUGUUCAGAAUGUGAGAAAUGCUUUAAAAAUAAAUCAGACCUUGUUAUACACAAGAGAACUCACACAGGAGAGAAGCCAUAUCCAUGCUCAGAGUGUGGAAAACGUUUCGCAGCUAGAUCAAAUCUCAUUCAACAUGAGAAAAAUCACACCGGAGUGAAGCAAUUUGCAUGUCCAGAAUGUGAUAAGUUGUUUACCAAUAAGUCAAGUCUUGUUAUACAUGAGAGAAUUCACACAGGAGAGAAACCAUUUUCAUGUUCAGACUGUGGGAAAUGUUUUAUAAAUAAGUCAGAGCUUGUUAAACAUGAGAGAAGUCACACAGGAGAGAAACCAUAUUCGUGUUCACAGUGUGGCAAAUCUUUUACAAGUAAAUCAUAUAUUGUGAAACAUGAGCGAAUUCACACAGGAGAGAAGCUAUUCUCAUGUUCAGAAUGUGAGAAAUGCUUUGUAAAUAAAUCAAGUCUUGCUAUACACAAGAGAAGUCACACAGGAGUGAAGCCGUAUCCAUGCUCAAAAUGCGGGAAAAGUUUUACAAAUAAAUCAUAUCUUGUUAGACAUGAACGAAUUCACACAGGAGAGAAGCCAUAUUCAUGCUCUGAAUGCGGGAAAUGUUUUACAAAUAAAUCAUAUCUUGUUAGACAUGAGCGUAUUCACACAGGAGAGAAGCCAUAUUCAUGCUCAGAAUGCGGGAAAUGUUUUACAAAUAAAUCAAGUCUUGUUAUACAUGAGAGAAUUCACACAGGAGAGAAGCCAUAUUCAUGUUCAGAAUGUGAGAAAUGCUUUAUAAAUAAAUCUGAACUUGUUAUGCACAUGAGAAGUCACACAGGAGAGAAGCCUUAUCCAUGCUCAGAGUGUGGAAAAUGUUUUAAAAAUAGAUCAAAUCUCGUUAAACAUGAGAAAAAUCACACCGGGUUGAAGCGAUUUGCAUGUUCAGAAUGCGAUAAAUGUUUUACCAAUAAGUCAGAUCUUGGUCUACACGAAAGAAUUCACACAGGAGAGAAGCCAUUUUCAUGCUCAGAAUGCGGGAAGUGUUUUACAAAUAAUUCAAAUCUUAUUGUACAUCAGAGAUAUCACAGAGGAGAGAGGCCAUAUUCAUGCUCAGAAUGCGGGAAAUGUUUUACAAUUAAAUCAAGUCUUGUUAUACAUAAGAGAAUUCACACAGGAGAGAAGCCAUAUUUAUGUUCCGAAUGUGGGAAACGUUUUAUUACUAAAGCCAAACUUGGGAUUCAUCUGAGAAGUCACACAGUUCAGGAGGUGUUUUAAUCUUCUAUGUGUGGAAAUUGUAUUAGAAGGAAGGGGAAAAUUAUUUGAACCCAGCUGGUUUGACGGAUUUUAAGCAAUUUUAGCCAAUAAGGAGAUUUAUUUUUGGGCUGAAUCAACCUGGAUUAGCCAGACAUCCAAAUGAUAUUUACCUGAAGUUAUCAGUGACCGGUGCGGUAUCCAUGGAGGUAAAUUGUUGCUGAUAUAAGGAACAAAAGAAAAGCCUUGUAUUCUGUCAGAGCAGUGAAGAUUAAUUAUUUCCAUGAACAGAGGACAUAGUGAAAAAAGGAAGGACUCCCUAAGAAAUCUUUUAACAUACUUUAUGUGGAAAUAUUGAUGAUCAGUCUUCAUUCAUACAGUAUAUAAAGAUAAAGGUGGUGGAACUUGGGAAAAACAGUAAUUAAUUGAAUUCACAAUCAUUUUUUGAGCCAACAAAUUCUCGGAUCGAACACUUGGUGCUAUCCUUUGGCAUAAGCAACCUCGGCAAUCUUAUUCUAAAGCCUCAUUCACACUUGUGAUUUUUGAUCAGUCUUUUAUAUAAGUAUUUGUAAUCCAAAACUAGGAGGAAAACGUGGAAAUCUUUUCAUUACACGUGUGUCUGUUCAUGUCCUGUUCCUGGUUCAGGCUUAUACAAACAAUGACCAAAAUACACAAGUGUGUGAAUGAGGCCGUUGUGAUUACUUGACUCUUUCCUCCUUGUUCUCUGGAUUCUCCCGCACUCCAAAGACAGACUGAUAGGGAAGUUAGAUUGUAAGCCCCAUUGGGUACAGUGUGAUGUUAAUGUCUGUACAGCUCUGCCGAAUAUGUCAG